CACUUGCCCAUCUAUCCAUCCUAACACACCUCACAAACACAUAUAGUUCAUUCAAAGUUUGAAAGGGAGGGGGAGCAGAAGAGUAGUAGUAAUUUGAAGAGAACCAUGGCAGCCUCUAGCUUGGCCUCGGCUGCUUCAAGCUUCGUGCUCACCUCCAACAUCUCCACCACCACCACCACCACAUCCUCACGUAUCAGCUUGCUCACCUUCUCCAAACCAAGCAGGAAGCUGGUGGUCCGAGCUGGAGAGGCGUCGGCGCCGCCACCUGCUCCACCAGCAGCAGGAGAGGGUCCUGCAAAAGCCACCAAGCCCCCUCCGCCGCCACCGAUCGGUCCCAAGAGAGGUGCAAAGGUGAAGAUCCUCCGUAGAGAAUCCUACUGGUACAAUGGCGUCGGAUCAGUGGUGACUGUGGACCAGGAUCCCAAGACUCGCUACCCUGUUGUGGUUCGAUUCAACAAAGUCAACUAUGCCGGCGUCUCCACCAACAACUACGGUUUGGAUGAGAUCCAGGAAGUGUGAGCAGUGAGUGCUGCUUGUUUGUGGCAAUGAGUUUGAUGUUCCAGCCUCAAAAUUGCAUGAUUACAUGCUGAUGCAAACUCUUGUACUUAAUUCUUCUUCAGUUUGAUGCAGCUCAGCUACAAAUGGACUCCUUUUCUGAUAGGAUUAGUAUAUUUGUAUGUGAAGAUCUUAUUAGGCUAUACAUCCCAAAUAAAAGGUUUCAGGUGA